GACUGGGGUUUCCUCAGGUGUUGGGCUCCAGUCAUGGCCGGGAACUCAGAGAAAGUACCGAUCGCCUCCGCGGGACCAGAGGACCUGCAUCAGUUCAUGCCUCCGGCCUACUCUGCCGUGGCCGUGAAGCCCGCCGCCACCGGCCGCCUCCUGAAGGCCGGGAUCGCGGUGCUCAUCGCAGGGGCCCUUCUACUGCUACUGGGGGCAGUCGGAGCUUUCUACUUUUGGAACAACAAUGAAAAACACGUCUACAAUGUCCACUACAGCAUGAGCAUCAAUGGAAAAGUGGAGGAGGGGACGAUGGAGAUCGACACAGCCAGUAACAUGGAGAGAUUCAGCACCGGCAGCGGGGCGGACGAGGCUGUGGAGGUCCAUGACUUUGAGAUUGGGAUCACUGGGAUCCGGUUUUCAGGAGGAGAGAAGUGCUACAUCAAGACCCAAGUGAAGGCUCGUCUGCCUGAUGUGGAUGCUCUCAACAAGGACUCGAUGACAUUCGACCUGAGGGGUCUUGAGGGUGAGCAGGGAACCAUGAACCACGACCCCAUGCUGGACCACCAGGGCGUGUGCUGCACAGAGUGCCGUCGCAGCCACACCCACUGCCAGAGGAUCUGCGAGCCGCUGGGAGGGUACCACCCGUGGCCGUACCACUACAGAGGCUGCAGGGUGGUCUGCAGAGUUAUCAUGCCGUGCAACUGGUGGGUGGCACGGAUUUUGGGUCUGGUGUAG